AUGAUUGUGUGCUUUGACGUAAGAUCUGAGAAGUACAGCUUUGUUAGAGUUACGGAAAGUUCCCUUGGAGCAAUGGAACCUGAAACAAGUCUGAUAAACUACAAGGGUAGAUUGGCUUCACUUGAGAUGAAAAGAAGUUUUGGUGAAGAAGCAAGUACAAGUUUUGACUUGUGGGUUCCACAAGACUCGGGGAAAUUAGAAGAAUGGUCGAAGCAUACUUACAAGUUUCCCAUGUCGAGGAAUGAAGCUAUACAAGACAACAAGAUUUACUUUAGUGUAGUGACUGGUGAAAAGGAAAUAGUGUUGUUUCCGAGAAAAGUAUCCCACCCUUUUUAUGUUCUUUACUACAAUCUCGAGAGGAAAACUAGUAGAAGAGUUGAAAUCCGAGGAAUGAAAGAGCCUAAGGGUAAGAAAGUUUUUGCUUAUCUAGGUCAUAUAGAGGACUUGAAGCUUAUAUAUGUAAUAAGUGUCCGAGGACUGGGUGACUGA